UUGUUGAUCCCGUUUUAUCAAGAAGCGUCGAGAACUCAGUGAUCCGGUUCGGAAAAAGAUUAAUUUUAUUUAAACUGUUGAUUGAGUUGUAUUAAAUUUUAUUGCACGUUGUGUGUAAUAGACUUACAAAAAUGAGGAGAAGAAAUUCUCACUUGUUUCUGUUCAUUUUAGCUGUGUGUUUGUCAGUUGGUGUCUGUAGAGGUGAAGAUGAAAUAAUCGAAGAAACUAUUGAUAUAGAUUUGGGCAGCAGCAGAGAAGGAUCUAGGACAGAUGCGGAAGUUGUGGAAAGAGAAGAAAACAUGAUCAAACUAGAUGGACUAAAUGUUGCUCAAAUCAAAGAAAUGCGUGACAAAGCAGAGAAGUUUGCAUUCCAGGCAGAAGUCAAUAGAAUGAUGAAAUUGAUCAUCAACUCUUUGUACAGAAAUAAGGAGAUUUUCCUCCGAGAGUUGAUUUCAAAUGCUUCUGACGCCUUGGACAAAAUACGAGUGCUUUCUUUAACAGACUCAAAUCAUCUUUCUGCUACUCCAGAAUUUUCAAUCAAGAUCAAGGCUGACAAAGACUCAAAAAUGCUACACAUCACAGACACAGGCAUAGGAAUGACUCAGAAGGAUUUGGUCAACAAUUUGGGAACAAUCGCCAAGUCUGGAACUGCCGAGUUCCUGAGCAAGAUGCAAGAGUCUGGCACUACUGACAUGAAUGACUUGAUUGGACAGUUUGGUGUUGGCUUCUACUCAGCAUUUUUAGUGGCUGACCGAGUGAUUGUAACCACGAAACACAAUGAGGACAAACAACUAGUGUGGGAAUCGGACGCCAAUAGCUUCCAGAUCGCAGAAGACCCUCGGGGUGACUCACUCAAACGUGGAACUCAAAUCAGUCUGCAACUGAAGGAUGAGGCUGGUGACUACCUAGAGAUUGAUACUCUACGAAACCUCAUCAAGAAAUACUCUCAGUUCAUCACAUUCCCCAUCUAUCUCUGGUCUAGCAAGACAGUGACAGAAGAAGUUCCUUUGGAAGAGGGAGAGGAAGAAGAGAAACCAGCGGAAGAGCCAAAAGAUGAGGAGGCUGAAGUGGAAGACGCAGAUGAAAAAAAAGAUGAAGAUAAACCAAAGACUAAGAAAGUGGAUAAGACUGUUUGGGACUGGGAGAUUAUAAACCAGAACAAGCCUAUUUGGACGAGAAAGCCUGCUGAGAUCGAGGACAGUGAGUACAACGAGUUCUACAAGUCGCUCACUAAGGAUCGUCAGGACCCACUGGCCAAGGUACAUUUUGUGGCUGAAGGUGAAGUGACGUUCAAGUCUCUGUUGUUUGUGCCUCAGAACCAGCCCAGCGACUCUUUCAACAGAUAUGGCACAGUCACCGACAACAUCAAGCUGUACGUGCGUCGGGUGUUCAUCACGGACGAGUUCACAGACAUGCUGCCCAAGUAUUUGUCAUUCAUCCAAGGAGUCGUGGACUCUGACGAUCUACCUCUGAACGUCAGCAGAGAGACACUGCAGCAACAUAAGCUGCUUAAGGUCAUCCGAAAGAAGCUCGUGCGCAAGGCCCUCGACAUGAUCAAGAAACUCGAGCCGGAGGAGUUGAAGAAGUUCUGGAAAGAGUACUCUACAAACAUCAAGCUGGGAGUUAUUGAGGACACAGCCAACAGGGUUCGCCUUGCUAAGCUGCUCAGGUUCCAAUCAUCUAAGGCGGAGGAGGAGACCACUUCACUGGCUGAGUAUGUUGAGAGGAUGAAACCAAAGCAGGACCAUAUCUACUACCUGGCUGGCUCAUCCAGGAAGGAGGUGGAGAGUUCCCCGUUUGUGGAGCGACUGCUGAAGAAAGGCUACGAAGUAUUGUACCUGGUAGAGGCUGUGGACGAGUACUGUCUGUCUUCACUGCCAGAGUUUGAGGGCAAGAAGUUCCAGAAUGUGGCGAAGGAAGGGUUCACCCUGGAGGAGGACAAGAAGAAGUUGGAAGCCCUCAAGGAGAAAUACGAGGACCUCACUAAGUGGCUCAACGAUGUCGCUCUGAAGGACAAGAUCGCUAAGGCGCAAGUGUCCGAGCGUCUGACAGAGUCACCGUGCGCACUGGUCGCCUCAAUGUUCGGCUGGACUGGCAACAUGGAGCGCCUCGCAGUGUCCAACGCACACCAGAAGGCUGACGACCCUCAGCGCUCGUACUACCUCAGCCAACGCAAGACUCUGGAGAUCAACCCCAGACAUCCUCUCAUCAAGGAGCUGCAGAAGAGAGUAGCUGACAACCCAGAGGACGAGACUGCCAAGAAUAUGGCUCUCAUGAUGUUCAGAACUGCUACUUUGAGAUCCGGCUUCAUGCUGCAAGACUCAGCAGAGUUUGCCCAAACUGUGGAAGACUUGAUGAGGGACACCAUGGGAAUACCCAAGGAUCUAGCGGUUGAUGAAGAAGAAGAUGAUGGAGAGGAGGCGGAGGCAGAUGAGAAGGCGGAAGAAGUCGGAGCGGAUGAGGAUCAGGAGGAACACGACGAACUGUAACCGCAAACAUCUCAAAUCUAAAGACUGUGGACUAAUAAUUUAAUUAAUUAAUGUAUAUUUGUAUAUUUAAUUUAAGUGUGUGUGAGUGAUGAUAGGAAUGCAUGUUGCCCGUGGAGUAUUUUGUACACUGAUACAUACUACGUAUGUAUUGAUAGCAUAAUUCGAUUAGUGUUUAGUUUCUGAAUAUUUUGUGCUGUUUUAUUUAAUUAAGUGAGACCACCUGUGUUAGCUUUGUUAUAAAAAAUAUAUUUAUAUAGAUUUAUCA